AUGGAUAAGUCUGGCGAGAUGGCAGGAGCCUCGUCGGCCAACAAUUCCAGCGAUUUUGUUCGCAAGUUGUACAAGAUGUUAGAAGACCCUACCUAUGAAAACAUUGUUAGGUGGGGGGAAGGUGGUGAAAGCUUCGUCGUUCUUGAGAACGAGAAAUUUACCAAGUCCAUUCUUCCCAAACAUUUCAAGCACAGCAACUUUGCUAGCUUCGUGCGACAGCUGAACAAGUAUGACUUCCAUAAGGUCAGGCAGAAUAACGAGGACAAUGCCCCUUCGCCAUAUGGACCCAACGCAUGGGAGUUCAAGCACCCGGAGUUUCAAGCAAACAAAAAAGACAAUUUAGAUAAUAUUCGACGAAAGGCCCCCGCGCCACGAAAAUCGGCGCAAAAUUCAGACGAGGGUUUUGCCAAUCAGCAGAUUGAGUUGCUCCAAUCUCAGCUGAUGGCUACUCAGCAACAAGUCACCAAUCUCAACGACAAAUUUAAUGAUCUUGCGCAAGGCCACGUAGUAUUGCUACAGCAGGUAGUGUCACUCCAGAAACUGGUGAAGAACCAUGAUGGAGCCAUGCGUAAAGUGCUCGGCUUUUUGCACAGCACAGAUGCUGAAAGACGGAAUAGUCGGGUCGAUGGGCGUUUCGCGAAUGGGACAUCUGGUCUAGGUGCUGAAGGUGCACCAAAUGAUGUUGAUGAUCACCCUCCGUCUCCUUUGCAACAGGCAACAGAACUGCUUGGCGUCUUCUCAGCAGCGAACCUACCCGACAAAACUCUGGAAGCGAUGACCCAUGAUUACAGUCACCUUCGUAGUGACUACUCAACGCCUCCAAAUGAACAUGGGAAUGCUCACAUCGUACCUCCUUCAGAUGCUUCAAGCAAUCAUCUGGGCUAUUCCGUGGCAAGCGAUCUCGAUAGCAUGGUUUAUCCAGUUGGACAUACAAAUGGUAUCGAUCCAGUCAACGCUGAGCAUAUCCACAACAUACCGUAUUCCUUGCCGCCCCAGAUGCCGCAGAGUAUCGUGACAGAAACAGAAGCCGAAACACAAAUGUUUCCCGGUAGGAAAAGGAGCGUGCAUGAGCAAGUCUGGGGUAUAAACAAGCCCCGCAUUCUGCUUGUAGAGGAUGACAAAAUGUGCGCAAGAAUUGGUUCGAAGUUCUUGCAGCUUUACGAGUGUGGGGUAGAAAUUGCUCGCGAUGGACUAGAGGCAGUCAACAAAAUCAACCAGGCUGGCACAGGUCCUCAUACGUACAACCUGAUUCUCAUGGACAUCAUAAUGCCCAAUCUCGAUGGAGUUUCUGCCACGGUUUGUAUCCGAGAAAUUCUGCCGAAUACUCCAAUCAUCGCUAUGACAUCCAACAUUAGAGCGGACGACAUUGACAUGUACUUCAGAUACGGCAUGAAUGACGUGCUACCCAAACCUUUUACCAAGGAGGGUAUGCUUAAAGCACUUCAGAAACACCUACCUGGUUUUCUGAAGGAGGCUCAGGGUCAGCCUCAUCCUCAGUACCAACCCCAGGCCCAACUUUCGCAUCCCGGAGGUGGAUUCUCUACACCAAGUUCCACGCAACCGCCUCUUGGUUUGAAUAUGGGGCAAUUAUCCGCCGCUCAGUCGUUGAAGGAUGAAACUUCACCAGGAAAAUCGCCAGCCACAGCAACGUCCUGGCACUCGCCAAACCAGAUACCCGGCCAGUCUCCCAUUGGAAAUGGGCCAAUUGGUUUUAUACCACAACAGCCAAUGCAACAGCCCAUGAGGGAUCACCACUACGGAGCUAUGACUCCUACUCACCCCCAUCCACAAGCGGGCUACCCCCCUCCGCCAAAUACACCUCUUGGUCCGCCGAGAGGUCCUCCACAUAAGCGAGUGCUGUCGGAAAUGUCAAGUGGUCCUGAAGAACAUCCCGACAGCAGACGGCGAAUGUACGCGCAAAAUCCACCAAGUUACCAUCCGUAG